AUGGAGAUUGCACAGCCUUGCGCAGUGGAGAAGGAGAAGACCGAAGCGAGGAAGCGCCGAUCGCGAAGAGAAGCGCGGCACCAAAAAGGCACGACGACGGCGGCGCCCCUGUGGGUCGCUCGCUGCGCCGGGCGCGAGGAUCGUUGGGUGGAGGAGUCGGCGGCACGGUUGAGCCGUGCAGAAGCACUUCAAGGGAUGGAGCUGCAAGAGGAACAUGUUCCUGAGCUCCUGGAGUGGCUUUGCAACCCUCACCCCGAUGGCAUCAGCUCCCACGUGCGCCGCGUCGCGGCCGAGCUCCUGGGCGACGUUCGAACGUCGGAGCUCCGCGUGGCGGAGGCCCUGCGCGGGGCACUGCGCUCCGACGAGGCCGAACUUCGAAAGGUGGCCAUCCAGUCCUUGGGGAAGCUCCAUGCCCACAUUGAUGCCAUCGCCUUGGCUCUCACCGACCUGGACCCCACCGUCCGCCGCGCCGCCGCCCACGCCCUCUCCGGCUGCGGCCCUCGCGCGGCGCCCAGCGCGGCGGCUCAGCUGGGCGCGCCCAGCGCCGAGGCACGGAGCGCGGCGCAGCGGGCGCUGCUGGAGAUGCGCGUGGAGGGCGAGCCCGGUGAAGAAGAUGGGCGACGGCUGCAAGUGCUCCUGCCCGUCUUGGAACCACUCUUGGAGAGUGGUCCUCCCGAGACGAUGGCUGCGGUGCAUACCGUGCUGGAACGCCUGCGAGAACGGAUCGGCGGACACGGCAACCAGACACGGCGCACGUGGGCGGAGGAUGAUGCUUGUGCUGCGCAAAAGGCUCUUCAUUCAGCUCUGAGCUUGUUGGAUGACCCCAGUGAGAGCACGCGUUUGGCAGCCUUGUGCCGUUUGGAGGCUUCGCCGCCCAGCGAUGCUGCGGCCGGCGCGCGGCUGGGGAUGGCACUACAGGAUGACGCCGAGGCGGUGCGGGCGAAAGCAGUGCAGCUGCUGAAAGGGGUGCCUAGCGAAUGCUUGCAAGGAGCUCUAGUGGUGGCAGAGGGGCUCCAUCAGCACCCGCUGCAAAGUGUGCGCCGCGCGGCGGCCGCGGUGCUGGAGUUGGACCCUGCACGGUCGGACUCGCUGACCAGGCAUGUGGCACUGCUGAAGGAUGAGGAUCCCAACCUUCGUUGUGCUGCAGCCGAAGCCUUGGGCGAAGCCUCCAAGUUGAAGGAAUUGGAAGAACUGGGGGGACGUCCAUUGGCGCAGUUCCUGUCCUUGAGCAUCGAUCCCCAUUGGGCCGUGCGUCUGGCGCUGGCGGAGAGCCUGCAACGUUGGAGCGAAGCCGCCAG